AUGAGCAGGAAAGAAGAUUCUACUGAGUUCUUUGUUUCUGAACUCUUCUUUUCUCCGCAGAUUUGGCAGUCGGCUCUGAGCACGUUGAAUCCCAACCCCACAGACAGCUGCCCCCUCUACCUGAAUUACGCCACGGUGGCCGCUCUGCCGUCCCGGGUCAGCCGCCACAAUAGUCCAUCUGCAGCUCAGUUCAUCACCCGCCUGGUUAGAAACUGUCUUCCAGGAGGCGUCAACAGAUGUAUUGUUAUGGUCUGUGAGCGCUCUGAAGUUUUCGCCUCUGCUUGUGCGUUAGCCAGGGCUUUCCCGUUGUUCACACAUAGGUCCAGUGCAUCGAGACGCACAGAGAAGAAAACUGUAACAGUGGAAUUUUUCCUAGUUGGACAGAACAAUGGACCAAUAGAAGUGGCAACACUUAAAUGUUUGGCAAGUGCAACAGAAGGAGUCAGGCUGGCUGCUCGAAUUGUGGACACCCCGUGCAAUGAAAUGAACACUGAUAACUUCCUGGAGGAAAUCAAAAAAGUUGGCAAGGAUCUUGGGAUUACUCCAACCAUUAUUCGAGAUGAGGAGCUGAAAGAGAGAGGAUUUGGAGGCAUCUAUGGAGUUGGCAAGGCAGCUCUGCAUCCUCCUGCCCUGGCAGUUCUCAGUCACACUCCAGAUGGUGCUACACAGACCAUUGCAUGGGUGGGCAAAGGAAUCGUGUAUGACACUGGAGGACUCAGCAUUAAGGGAAAGACUACUAUGCCUGGCAUGAAACGAGACUGUGGUGGAGCAGCUGCUAUUCUGGGUGCCUUCAAAGCCACUGUAAAGCAAGGUUUUAAAGACAAUCUUCAUGCUGUUUUUUGUUUGGCUGAGAAUGCAGUUGGACCACGUGCGACAAGACCUGAUGAUAUUCAUGUCCUUUACUCUGGAAAAACUGUGGAAAUCAAUAACACUGACGCAGAAGGCAGGCUGGUACUGGCUGAUGGAGUAGCUUAUGCAUGUAAAGAUCUUGGAGCCGAUAUCAUUCUUGACAUGGCCACCCUCACUGGAGCUCAGGGAAUUGCUACAGGAAAGUAUCAUGCUGCUGUCCUGACCAACAACGAAGAGUGGGAAAAGGCUUGUGUUAAAGCUGGUAGGAACUGUGGAGACUUGGUCCAUCCUCUUGUGUAUUGCCCUGAGCUCCACUUCAGUGAAUUUACCUCUGCUGUAGCUGAUAUGAAGAACUCUGUGGCAGACCGAGACAAUACUCCAAGCUCCUGUGCUGGACUCUUCAUUGCUUCUCACAUUGGCUUUGACUGGCCCGGAGUUUGGGUCCAUAUAGACAUUGCGGCCCCUGUUCAUGCGGGUGAACGAGCUACUGGUUACGGCGUGGCUUUGUUGCUUUCCCUGUUUGGAGGGGCGUCUGAAGACCCUCUGCUGAACAUGGUGUCCCCACUAGGAUGCGAUGGAGACUCUCCCGCCGAAGACAUGGAGCGGGAUUCCAAAAGGCGCCGCCUGGUUUAACGUGCGCCCGUCCCAGGCGACGGGGUGCACGUGUUACCUCACUUUGCACUGAUUCAUCCUCAAACAAUGACAAAUCACACAUCAGAAAUUGCCAUUUUUUUUUAAUAUCAUGAUAAGAUUUACUACUUGUUUCUGAUAAAACAGCCUGAUUUGUUGUUUUGUUUUUAAAUUAUUGGUGCACACAGUGGCUGAACGAUACCAGUGGUGCAGACUCCAGGCUCUACUAACUGUAUCAGGGAUGGCAGAUCCUCCUUGGAGCACCUCACAAAAACUAAGUGCAUUUAAUGCAUGAGACGCUCUCUCUAGUCUGAAGAAGCAACUGCAGCUCUCGCUUACACAGCCUUCUGAAUUACUUGUUUUAUGUGAGGUUUUAUCAGACAUUUCUGCAGGCCCCACUACAUCUUGGAACACAGGAUGAGG